UUUAGGGCAGCGGGAGUCGCAUGCUCCUUCUGAGCAUGCUCAGAAAUACAGGGCAUGCGCCUUGAUUUAAAAGCCGAGAAAAGAAGAAGGGAGCAAACUAGGACGCUGGUAGAAGCUUGUGAUAGGAGGGACUGUCUACUGUCGGAAAUGAACAUCCAGGUUUCUUCCUGUUCUUUGGCUUUGCCUGGUUGCUCUAUGACAUCCCAAAAGAAACUACAGGGCCUUGUGGCAGCCACUGUCACUCCAAUGACUCAGGAUAGAGAAAUUAAUCUCGCUGUGAUUGGCCAGUAUGUGGACUACCUGGUAAAUGAGCAAGGUGUGAGGAGUGUUUUUGUGAAUGGAACAACAGGAGAAGGCCUGUCCCUGAGCAUUCAGGAGAGGAAGCAGCUGGCAGAGGAAUGGGUAGCAAAGGGGAAGGAAAAGCUGGACCAUGUGAUUGUCCAUGUUGGAGCACUGAGUUUACCAGAAUCAAAAGGACUGGCUAAGCAUGCAGCAGAAAUAGGAGUGGAUGGCAUAGCCGUCAUUGCUCCAUCCUUCUUCAAGCAAGUGAAUAAAGAUGCGCUUCUUGCCUUCUUGCGGGAUGUUGCAUCUGAAGCUCCUGGCAUCCCGUUCUAUUAUUACCACAUCCCUCCCCUGACUGGUAUUCAAAUUAAUGCUGAAGAACUGCUUGAUGGGAUGACUGAGCAGAUCCCCAGCUUUCAAGGGGUGAAGUUCAGUGACAGAAAUCUGCUCGAUUUUGGGCGGUGUGCAGCAAAAAACAGUAGUGGCCAAUUUGCACUUCUUUACGGCGUGGAUGAACAACUCCUGAGUGCACUGGCGAUGGGAGCAACGGGGGCUGUUGGGAGCACAUAUAACUAUUUUGGGAAGGCAAAUAACGUAAUGAUGGAAGCGUUUGCCAAGGGUGAUUUCUGCACAGCACAAAAAUACCAGUUCUGUAUUCAGGAAUUCCUCGGCUUUGUCAUUGCACAGGGUAAGUAAUAACGGGAGACUUAACCUGUCUUGUCCCCUUCUGUACAGUUUAUCUAACAAUAAUUAAAGCCCUCUGAAUUCCACGAAAGUUUGAGAUUCUGAUUCCUCAGAAGUUCCAACAUGCACUGAAACACUCAAAUCCAACAUGGCUUGCUUCCUUUUGCCUUUUUCAGUUACACGUUUUAUGCAUUUAUUGUUUCAUUGUUUUGAAAUCUGAGGCCAUUGUUUUGAGAUUACAUUAGAGCUGCUGGAUACCU